CAAAUUUGUUGCAGAAUAUAUUGACAAAUUUGUUGCAAUCUAAUUAAUCAUAAUUCUGCCAUUUUCUGAACGGUCAUAAGAUUCUUUUUAUACAUAAAUUUAUAUAUAAUCAAAAUGUGUUGAUUCACUAGUUGAUAAAUCUUAACAAAAGAUAAAAAAAAAAAAAAAACAAGGAAGAUGUCGAGUAUGAAUAUGAUCAAGAUAACAAUGAUGAUGGCUUUGGUACUAAUGGGCGUGAGAGCAAUGACUGUGACUCAGAGUCAAGAAACAGACGUCAAGUUCGACUGUCGAAACAUGAACCAUAUAGCUUGGACUAAUGGAAUGGACUGGAACCCGAGGAUGUGUUAUUAUAUUUGCUCUGGACCUUGUGGUAAAGACAACAACUGUCUCCAACGUUGUAAGAAAUGUUGUCAUUGGCAUUGCAUGGAUCCAUGUUGAAGAUUUGAGAUUCAUGGGUUUUCGACUUGUUGAACUUUUGGCAUAUUUUUAUCUUUGUUAUUUCACAUACUAAAA